UUGAGCCUCUGGUACCUUCACAUGAGCAUCGGAGAGUCCCUAUUAUGGUUACCCCAUAUGAAAAGACUCUAACAUCUCCGGUGAAGAGGUGGCUUCUGUCCUCCAAAGCAAAGGCAUCAUCCGCUCUAAAAUCUCCAACGAAGGGUGAUCUCGCGAAAGAGAACAACAAAAAAUUAAGUACCCAUCAGUUGGAUUUCUUGCCUACACUGGAUGUUCCUGAGAAAUAUGAGAAUGGCAAGCCAUUUCUGCCAUUGUUUCAACUCGAAGAAGUUCCAUGGAGAUGAGGAGAUUCCAUGAAUGGUACAUGAGGGCAUGUUGUGUGGGGUCCUCCAUAAUCACUGCUUCUGUACCUGCUAACAUUUUUCUAAGCAGAGACUCCUAUCUCAUGGUAGAUUUUAAGGACAUGCACGCUUUGUUCCACCACGAUAAACUAGACAUCAAUCUCAUAAGCGUGUGGUGCCUGUAAGUGCAUACAAUCUACCCCUAUAUUUGUAUAUCUACCAAUAUAUGUUAUAGAAGCUAAUGAUUAGUGAAUUUUUUUGUAGAAUGCAAUUAAAUGAUGCUGGAAAGUUGAAGGUACCUGUCGGAUUCAUUAAUCCGCAACGAAUUUCCCAGCCCAACUUGGUUGUGAAGUUGAGGACAGAUGACCCCCAGAUUAAGGGGAAGAGUAACAAGGAGAAAGCAAGGGUCAUAAGAGGAAUGACCAAAUCACGUAGGCUUAACAUGUCAAUCUACAUAGGAAGGGCUAUGCUAGAAAUACAAGAUAAGGACUGCAUCAUGGCUCCCUACAACUUUAACUAUCACUUUAUUUGUAUAAUGCGGAUGCCGAAGUCAAGUAGACUUGUGGUCCUUGACUCAACCGAUCUCCCCCAAAAAUCUUACCAAGAUCUCAUCGAUGUUAUACAGAGGGCCUACAAGUGGUACGUAAUGAAAGGUGGGAUAAAUGAUAUGGCCAAGGCGGAUGCAAUGACGGUCCGUACACACUUUCCGUGCCACAAGCAAGGUUUCGACAUUGUUCUUUGUGGAUAUUAUGUUUGCCAGUUUCUUAGGAUAAACGGGAGGUACACAACGAACCCCGAGGACAUAAGUCAUCAUUGCACCUGCACAUUCUUAUUUAGUUCUGUUUUCGUUGUCACUAGUGUUUUAACUCUUUUAGUUGUGUCUUUAUUUCAUGCACGGAUGAUCGAAUGUAUCCACACCUCACUCAAAGACGAAGAUAUUCAAAACAUCCAACGUGACAUGUGUUGGUUGAUCAUGCACAAAGUCAUUCAUAGGAGUGGCAUGUUCUUUGACCUCGGAGGUCAAUUGGCUAGCCAUCUGAGGCUUUGUGAGUGGGAGAUGAAAGAAUACUUGUAUUGAAUAUUUGGCUUGUGAUGU